UUGUUACUGAGGAUGAAGAUGAUGAUCCUGCUCCUCUUAUUCGUUUCCCAGCAUGCCUCAGGGGUGGAGGUUUAUGAGGGGGUGGAGUCUGUCCUGCUUCCCUGUCGGAUACAAGCUGAUGAUUCCAGGAGCCCCACAGCAGUUCUGUGGCGCUGUGAUGAGUUCAAGAACCCGCGAGUCCACGUGCGCCUGCUUAGUGCUGACAAUCUUCAGGAUCAAAACGUUCAUUACGUUGGUCGAACAUCAAUGAGAGCCGACGCUCUGCAGACUGGAGACCUCAGCCUCACUCUGAGGAACCCUACAGUCUUUGACAGUGGAACCUACACCUGCACCACCCUCAGGAGCGAAGAAGAGCUGAGCUGGACUGAAGUACAGCUGAAGGUCACAGAACGUCCUCCUCCAGUCUGGCCCACAGUCCUCUCAGUUGUGCUGCUGGGUACUCUGAUCAUUCUGGCUGCUGCCUACGUGUGCUACAUAAGGAUGAGGAACAGAGAGGGUUGGGGAUCAGACCUGUGGAAGUGUGGAGGUGACGGCUAUCUGAGAUGGAGCGGACGAGUCUCCUUCUUUUCAGGCCUGUUUCUGCUGACUGCUGCAGGUGUGUGUGUGCUGCUGCUGUCUGGCCUGGCUGUUCCUGCAGAUGCUCCUCCUCUUCUUCUUUCUGAGUCUGUGCUCAGACUCCUCUGCCAUCUAGUGGUCUUAUGUCCAUACUGCAUCUCCACUGGUCUGCUGCUGUCCAUCUACAGCAAGACACUGAACAAACCAGCCGUCUCCAUGGAGAUGACCCAGCAUCACAGAGGUCAAGGACUAGAUGACGUCUACGAUGACAUCAAUGCUUAUGUCACCACCGAGCAUGCCUUCUGAGCUGCAAAGGGUGUUUGUGUUGAAGCUGCAGAAGAUGAUUUUUCACUUUUCAGUCUGCUCCAAAACUUUCAGAUACCAUCCAGAAAUAUUUCCCACGGCUUCAUUGCUGAUCUGAGUUCAUAUCUGUGAACUGACUCUUCCUCCCACUGUGCCACAGAUGCACAUGCUGGAGCAGCACCCACAGCUGUCCUCUGUACUUGUAAGAAGCAGAAUUUUUAGUAUUAAUUUGAUAUCAGGCAAACCUCUGAGGGUCUCUGAGGAAUAUAUCAGAAAGAAUUAUCUGAUUGCAGAAGCCUGUAUUUUUCACAGUAAAUGUUCAUUUGUGAUAAAUUUUAAU